UAUUUCUUGAGUUUCCAGAAAUGAGACAAAAUUGGAGUAUCGAGGGGCAGACUCAAAGUAUGAUGAUAGUUUGAUUCACCGGCAAUGGAGUAUCCGGAACCGCCGGAGUGCCCGGUCUGUCUGCAACCGUACGACUCCGUUGCAACGAUCCCACGUGUACUCGCCUGCGGCCACUCUGCCUGCGAGCCCUGUCUCGCCCAGCUCCCAAACGCCUUCCCUGAUACCCUCCGCUGCCCCGCCUGUACUCAGCUUGUGAAGCUACCCAAACCCCUCUCCUCUCUCCCCAAAAACAUCGACCUCCUCCGUCUCUCCUCCCUCCUCCUCCACAACGACAAUUCUUCACUUUCCAAUACCGCAAAUUCGCUGCGGGAACCCGAAAAGGACUCAACAGUUUUCCUACCCGUUUUGUGGUCUCGUGAAUUCUACUUGUAUUGGAAGCGAUGGCUUCUCCCAGAGAACAGCGUAUCCACUGAGCCACGAAAUUCUGGUACUAAAAGCCCCGAUGACUUUUGUUAUUUGUUGUAUGGGUGUUUUAGAAAUCAUGAUAGUAGGAGCAAUAGAUGUUCGGUAGAGAAAGAGGAAGUAUGUCUUGUUAAAGUUGGGAUGUUUAUUGACAAGAACGAGAGCUGUUCUAAGUUUAAGUAUAGUUAUGAAGUGAAAGUGUUGAUAGUAUUAUAUGGGAUGGCAGAGGGGGUAAGAAAUGAAUUAGGCUUGAUUUUGAAUGCAGGCUCAAAACAAAGUGGAGCGUGUAAAGUUUAUGGAUUUUGGUAUAAUGUAGAUGACAAUUGUGUGUAUUUAGUUUGUCAGAGAUUUCAGGGGAGCGUAAGUAUGUUAACUGAUUUGUUUGCUGGUGAAAAUGGGGAGGAGAAGGUUAGAUGUAUGACAAGUUGGGCAAUGGUUGGGCUAGGAAUUUGUGAGGCUGUGUAUAAUUUGCAUUUGCAAGGACUAAGCAUUGGUUGUUUGGGAGCAUCUUGUUUUGGUUUAGAUGAAUUUGGCCAUGCUUAUGUUGAUAUUUGUGAGACUUUGAUAGCCGGAAGGAGAGUUGGGAAGAUGAUUGCAGGGAAGGAGGAUCAAAACCUUUCUGCAAGUUUGGAAAAUGAAAACACGGUAGAAUGUUCUUUUGUUAGUCCUGAGGCAAUGUUUGAGUUAUUGAAAGUUGAGGGUGUUCAAGUAGGUUGUGGCAGUUCGGAGUGUGAUGUUGGAUUUGGGUUGGAUGUUUGGUCUAUAGCUUGUUUGCUGCUUUGGCUUCUUAUUGGAAAACCUUUUACUGAAGAGAUGCAAAUUUAUUUACGAUAUCUUGUUACUGUUGCAAGUGAUAAAAAGGGUUGUGAUUUUGUUGGGUGGUACACUGUGUGGAAGGAGAGGAUUGUUUCUUUGUUUGUAUGUAAACUGGGACCUAACUUUAUUUCUUUAAGGGAAAUUCUCGGCAAGUGUUUGGAUUUUAAUCCUGAAAAUCGCCCACUUGUUCUUGAACUGUGGAAAAGUUUGAGAGAGGUGAUUGUGAAACCUGAUUUUGACGUUUUAACCAACUUAAAACAGGUAAGCAAGAAGGAGAGUAUGCCUCAUUGCUUACUGUUUGGAGACCUAUGCCUAUCAAUCUGGAGGACUAACAAACAAUCCAUGGGUGAAAAUCAAAGAAAAGAUGCUGAGGAAGUUGAAAUCUCAAAGAUUGACAAGGAUGUUGUUGAGGGAAUCCCUGACGGUCAAGUCAAAUGUAUUGAUCUAAAAGAACAUCGUGACUGUAUAACAGGCUUUGCUAUUGGAGGUGGUUUUCUUUUCAGCUCUUCAUUUGAUAAAGUGGUGAACGUGUGGUCUUUGCAGGAUUACUCUCAUGUACAUGCAUUUAAAGGUCAUGAACAAAGAGUUACUGCUGUAGCUUUUGUGGAUGAUGAAAAACCACUAUGCAUUAGCGGUGAUAAUGGGGGUGUCAUAUGCAUUUGGGGUGCCAGUGUUCCACUGGGCCCAGAACCAAUAAAGAAAAUAUAUGAGCAAAAGGAUUGGCGUUAUAGUGGUAUUCAUGCCCUUGUGGUCUCUGCGAGCAAGUAUAUGUACACUGGCAGUGGAGACAAGUCAAUAAAAGCAUGGUCACUGCAGGAUUACGAGUUAUCAUGCACAAUGAAUGGUCAUAAGUCGGUUGUUUCUUCAUUAGCAGUUUGCAAUGAGGUUCUUUAUAGUGGAAGUUGGGAUGGAACUGUGCGAUUAUGGUGCCUAAGUGAUCACAGUCCGUUGGCAGUGUUGGGCGAAAGUACACCUGGAAAUUUGACUUCAGUUUUGUCUAUUGCUGCUGAUGAGCAUACACUCGUUGCAGCUCAUGAGAAUGGCAUUAUUAAGAUCUGGUUUAACGAUACGCUACUGAAGUCUACACAAGCCCACAAUGGAGCUGUAUUCUCUGCCUGCAAGAAGGGUAGAUGGAUUUUCACUGGUGGUAGGGACAAGACUGUAAGUGUGCAGGAACUAUCCGAGGAAGAUACACAAACAGAUGCCACUGCAUUUGGAUCAAUUCCUUGUGAUUCCGUGGUAACAGCUCUUCUAUAUUGGCAAGGAAAGCUGUUCAUUGGGCAAGCUGAUAGAGUAAUCAAGGAGAAAAUUGACGGGUUGAACAAAACUUGGAGUAACAUCACCAGUUUGAACCACUGGGUGGUGAGAGAAUAUGGGAGGCUCGUCAAUUCUGUUAAUGUUCUUGAACCCCAAAUUCAGAAACUUUCUGAUGAACAGUUGAGUGCAAAAACACUGGAGUUUCGCAGACGGUUGAGAGAAGGAGAGUCCAUAUCCCAUAUUCAAGCUGAGGCAUUUGCUGUUGUUCGUGAAGCUGCAAAAAGAAAGUUGGGAAUGCGCCAUUUUGAUGUUCAGAUAAUUGGUGGAGCCGUGCUUCAUGAUGGAGCCAUUGCAGAGAUGAAAACUGGUGAAGGGAAGACCUUAGUGUCCACAUUGGCAGCAUACCUCAAUGCUUUGACUGGAGAGGGUGUUCAUGUUGUCACAGUUAAUGACUACCUAGCACAACGUGAUGCUGAAUGGAUGGGACGUGUUCAUCGUUUCCUAGGGCUUUCUGUUGGCCUUAUCCAAACACGGAUGACGGCUGACGAGAGGAGAUUGAAUUAUGGAUGUGAUAUAACAUAUACUAACAAUUCAGAACUUGGUUUUGACUAUCUACGAGAUAACCUUGCUACUAGUCGCGAACAACUUGUUAUGAGAUGGCCAAAACCUUUCCAUUUUGCAAUAGUUGAUGAAGUUGACUCGGUCCUCAUUGAUGAAGGAAGAAAUCCUUUACUAAUAAGUGGUCAGGCAAGUAAAGAUGCUGCACGAUAUCCUGUUGCUGCUAGACUAGCUGAGCUGCUCAUGAGGGAUCUUCAUUACAACAUAGAGUUUAAGGAUAGAUCUGUGGAAUUAACUGAAGAAGGAAUUUUUCUUGCUGAGAUGGCUCUAGAAACAAAUGACUUGUGGGAUGAGAAUGAUCCAUGGGCAAGAUUUGUAAUUAGUGCUUUAAAAGCCAAGGAGUUUUAUAAGCAGGAUGUCCAAUACAUUGUCAGAAACGGGAAAGCUCUAAUAAUAAAUGAGUUGACUGGAAGAGUGGAAGAUAAAAGACGAUGGUCUGAUGGCAUUCAUCAGGCUGUGGAGGCUAAAGAAGGUCUAGAAAUUAAGGCUGAUUCAGUUGUUGUGGCACAAAUUACAUACCAGUCACUAUUUAAGCUAUACCCUAGGCUUUCAGGGAUGACUGGAACUGCAAAAACAGAGGAGAAAGAGUUUUUGAAAAUGUUCAAAACGCCAGUGAUAGAAGUUCCUGCAAAUCUGCCAAACAUCCGAAAAGACUUGCCCAUUCAAGCUUUUGCUACUGAACGAGGAAAAUGGGUACAUGCUUGUGAAGAGAUCGAGUUCAUGUUUAGACUGGGUCGUCCUGUUUUAGUCGGGACCACAAGUGUUGAGAAUUCAGAGCAUCUGUCUACCUUGCUAAGGAAAAGAAAAAUUCCACACAAUGUCCUCAAUGCUCUACCCAAGUAUGCUGCUAGAGAGGCUGAAAUUGUGGCCCAAGCAGGGAGAAAGCAUGCUAUCACUAUCUCUACUAAUAUGGCAGGAAGGGGUACUGAUAUUAUCCUAGGAGGAAAUCCAAAGAUGCUUGCAAAAGAAAUUUUGGAGGACAGCUUAAUUUCAUCUCUGACACAAGAUGCUCCUCAAACUGACAUUGAUGGGGAGUUGAAUUUAAAAAAGGUCUUAUCCAAAAUAAAAGUUGGACCAUCAUCUCUAGCGUUGUUAGCUAAGACAGCUCUGAUGGCUAAGUAUGUAUGCAAAAAUGAGGGUAAGAAAUGGCCAUAUGAAAAGGCAAAAUCUAUGAUUUCUGAAUCUAUAGAAAUGAGCCAAUCCAUGGAAUUGGAAGAGCUGCAGAAGCUUGCUGAUGAUCAAUCUGAGACGUACCCUCUUGGUCCAUCUAUGGCACUUACAUUCUUAUCAGUUUUGAAGGAUUGUGAGUCACACUGUUUAAAUGAGGGAUUAGAAGUGAAAAGGCUUGGGGGCCUGCAUGUGAUUGGAACAUCUUUACAUGAAUCCAGAAGAAUUGAUAACCAGCUUCGAGGAAGAGCAGGCAGGCAAGGAGAUCCUGGAUCGACAAGAUUUAUGGUAAGCUUGCAGGAUGAGAUGUUUCAAAAGUUCAACUUUGAUACUGAGUGGGCAGUGAAGCUUAUAUCUAGGAUUACUAAUGAUGAAGAUACUCCAAUUGAAGGUGAUGCGCUUCUUAAACAGCUUUUGUCCCUCCAAAUCAGUGUGGAGAAGUACUUCUUUGGCAUAAGAAAGAGCCUCGUGGAAUUUGAUGAAGUUCUUGAGGUGCAAAGGAAACAUGUCUAUAAUCUUCGCCAAUUAAUAUUAACUGGUGAUUUUGAAAGUUGUUCGCAGCACAUUUUGCAGUACAUGCAGGGUGUGGUAGAUGAGAUUAUUUUUAAUUAUGUAGAUCCACAGAAGCAUCCAAGCAAGUGGUUUUUGGAUAAGCUCUUGAGAGACUUCACAGGAUUUGCCGGAAAAAUAUUAAAUGAUUCCUUCUUGGAGAUCACUGAGGAAGCGUUGCUGGAUUCACUUGUUCAGCUCCACGAUAUGGGUUCUGUAACUAUUGAUGACUUUUGUAUACCAAACUUGCCUGGAAAACAAAAUCCUUUUAGAGGUAUUCGUGGCAAAACCGCUUCGUUGAAACGGUGGCUAGCCAUAUGCGCCGAUGAUUCAACCAAAGAUGGGAAAUACAGAGUGACGGUUAAUUUCCUUCGCAAGUACCUUGGAGACUUUCUGAUUGCCUCGUAUUUGGAUGUCAUACAAGAAUCUUGUUAUGAUUCUGAAUACGUUAAGAGAAUAGAGAGGGCAGUACUUCUGAAGACUUUAGAUAGCUUUUGGAGAGAUCAUCUCGUAAAUAUGAACAGGCUUAGUUCAGCAGUGAAUGUGAGGACUUUUGGGCUGAGGGAUCCACUAGAAGAAUACAAGAUUGAUGGUUGCCGCUUUUUCAUCUCUAUGCUGAGUGCAACCAGGAGGUUAACUGUUGAAUCGCUCUUGCGGUACUGGUCAUCCCCGAUGGAAUCUCAAGAAUUGUAUUCAUAGGGGGUUUUCAUCCCUACAUUACAUACCCACGCCUACUGCUCAACCACAGGUAUCCCUGACCUGACCUGACCUGACCUGAAAUUCCUAUUUCCAUUCCCCUGUGGAUAUUGGGAGGGAGGUUUACAAUUCAGAUGGUUUGAGUUUGAGGGUUGGGAGGGAGGGGCGUAUGCCCUUGCCGGCCCAUUGUUUGACAGAAGAAUUGGGUUGGUUGUUCAAGUCCAACAGUACAAAUCGCGAAUCUCAGUCAUGAAUUAAAAAGCAAUAUAAUCCACAAGACAACUUCAAACACCGGUAAGGUAAGGUAAGGUGCUCAUUUUCCCUUGUGAUGUCUCUCUGCUCUGCUAUGACGCCAUGGUACCACCGAUUUGAUACUGCUUCAAAUGUUUUAAUAGAAUUCACCAAGUAGUCUAGAAUUUUAUAAUUUAAAAGACUAACUUUUAAGUUGGUUUCUCUCUUGGGGAUGAGACUUUAGAUUAUUGCAUCCUCCAUAUUUAACAGCUUUGUAAGACUCUGCUAAAAUUAGUACGAGUAACUUUUAAGGAGGUAAAUGUGGAUGGAUGCUUGCUGAUUGGAGGAUAAUUUAAGGUCAAAUGUGCCAUUUUAUUUUCAAA